AUGUGGACCCCACCGUGCAAAAUUCUGGGCAGAGUCGGAAGCGGACUUGCGAUUAGAGUUGGCAGGAUAGACGAUAUUCUGGAGAACAUCCUAGACUAUUUUAAAAGUGGGAAAGGAAACUAUGCUGCUGGUGUUAAGUGUGAAGUAGUUGGAGUAUGGAUUACGGCUGAAGAAGGGGUAGCAGAGAAAACGGAUGAAAGAAACGUUUUUAGGGUGGCUGGGAUGAAAGGCGUAAACAUCAGGACUUGGAAAGAUGAGAAGUUCCUCGUCGAUGAUCGAGAUCUAAUAUACAUGACACCGAAGGAAAUCCCGGAUACUUUCUCCGAAUUCAAAAAGACCGUCGGCCCUCUUCGAGAUGCACCGCGAAAGCCUCUACCUCCACCAGACAUGCUACCUCCUUUACCAACAAGAGUUCCACCGCAACCAACCCCUUUCAAAGUCCCUAAUACACUUGGGGGCUGGAUAUCCGGGCUCCUAAAGCCCCUGGAGGAGAAUCCCGUGGCUAUGAUUACCCCUUCCUACCCAAUUAGUGCAAAAUCACAACACACAUACCAUGGCGGCGAAGCUUAUGCUCUUGAACACCUCAAAAACAGUAUAUCGUCGGGUGCAAUCACUAAAUUCAGGGAUCCACGUCGGGGAAAUAUCGGUGAGGACUAUAGUACUAAACUUGCUGCCUGGUUAGCACUUGGUUGUGUUACAGCCCGACAGAUCCAUGACUAUCUCGUAAAUUUUGAAGAAGGAAAAACGCAAGUAGGUCAAUACGCUCAAGGGUACGCAGAAGGUGAAAGUAAAAGUACAUCCGGGAUUCGGCUUGAGUUAUUAUGGCGAGAUUAUCUUAGACUCUGUUCCCGAAAAUACGGCUGCAAACUGUUCAGACUAGAAGGACUCAAAGGAGAAUUGGAUCGGCAAUGGAAACAUGCGGACAAUAUUGAUGUGAAAGAACAGAUUCAAAGAUUCAUAGAGGGGGAUACAGGAAAUCUGAUCAUAGAUGCGGUUCUUAGAGAAAUGUACUUGACAGGGUAUACAUCUGACAGAGGAAGAGAUGUUGUGGCUAAGUACUUUUCAAAACAGCUUGGAAUAGAUUGGAGGAUUGGAGCAGAGUGGUUCGAAUACUGUCUUGUAGACUACGAUGUUAGUGAAUUUUGGGGCAAUUGGCAGUAUUAUGCCGGGGUGGGGAACGAUUCUAGCUGGGAGGUUCCACCUAUUAGAGCUGGCGAGGUGCAAGAGGCAUAUAUAAGGCAGUGGAUUGGUGAAGAUUUUAUCUGA